GUCCGGAAAGAUGACAGGAGAAGCGACCGUUUAAAGAAAGGAGGAGGAGAAGAAAGAAAGAACAGCGGGGUGUCCUUCCUCGCCUGGAAUCGACCCCUAUCAGCAUUUAAUUUUUUUCUUGGCUGCUCAUUUCCAAGUAGAGAAAGGAGGCCACGCUAAAUAGCUGUUGCUGUCCUGCCAGGACCUCUCGGUGGGUGGAGCCAAAGCCGGGAAACGCACGCCGUUUGAAAUGCGGUUCGGAGUUAACGGCGGUUGCGAGCCAUGCACUGAAUCCUUGCUCAACGAGAAGCCCGGUUCCUUUUCAGAUGGCAUCAGGGGAUGGAAACCAGGAAACAGGGGGUCCCCCUGAUUUUCAGGGCAUUCCCUUCCGGUGGGGAUCCCUCCUGUCUGCAGUAAGAGAUCAAAUUCCUUCGAUGGACUCCGAUGUAUCCCUGGAUGAUAGUGAUGAAGGUGGAGAGCUUUUUCUCUUCCAACGAGAUCAGUCCAACUUGAUUCCUGACCUCACGGAAGAAUUAGAAGAUCUUCCACCGGAAGAAUCAUUCUUUCAGGAAAGCUUUUCCUUCAUGAGACAUCCCCAGGAGAUCUGGAACGAAGAUCUGAGAAGUUCAGCUUUUCAGAAUGAGGGGGUCCGUCCGGCCGAAUCUAGGGGGGGCCUCUUGCUUGAUCUUCGAUCUCAAAAUGAAGAAGAGCCAAGGCAAGAUGCCAUUAGUUCUUUGAGAUUGUCUAUCAACGAGCAACAAUUGGCUGAGGGUAUUUCAAGAGUCAUCACCAGAAAAGUGUGGGAUGGUAGUGAGGAAGAGCGGAGGCAGCUCAUCGAAACCAAGAUCCUUUCUAAAGCACCACUGAAACCUCUUUCUGACUCAGGCCAUCCAGAACCCCAAAAUAAAUACAACGAAGGAAGAGCGGCAGAGGUCAAAAAAGAGGAGGCAGUUGUCUCAGCUGAACAUCCCCAGGAACUGACACUAUUUCGCUUCAAGGAUAUUGAGAAAUGGGAUCUGGACAAAAUUCUCCAGAAGCUAGAGAAGCAAAGCAAGGCUACAAGCUGGCCAGGGGAAGCUGAAUCUCCUUCUUUGCACCAUGAACAUUUCAGGGCUGUGACCCAAUCGAAGCUGAUGGCAAAACUGGAAGAAUUGUCUCGUAAGCAGUCGAAGGCAUUUUUCGCCCCCCAGCGGACACGCCCUCCCAAAUCUCCCUCCCUUGACAAAUGCCAGGGAGAUGCGAGAGACAUUUCUGUUCCAGCGCCAAUAAAAAAAGAUCUGAGUUGGAUUCCAGCAGCUUUAUGCAUUCCAGAGCCCCCAACGGUAUAUAUUGAUUUAAGGGACACCAUAUCUCAAAAGUCUGAAUCUUCGGCUGAUGAAACUCAAAGCUUGAGUGACAGCUCCUCUGACGACGAGGAAGAUAGAAAAGGGACAAGCCAAAAUGAAGAAGAAGGGAGGAUGGAUGAGUUGUCUUCGGCAUCACGGUACAGCAAAAAUUGCACUGGAAAAUGUUCUCUCCUGCAACAGCUCCGAAACUUUCGAAAACCGAUGUCUCAGUCUCCGGUUCCUGAACCAAACCAAGGAAGCCAAAAUCCCCAGCAACCUGACCGAACCAACCAGCUGAAUGUCCAAAUAACAAAGCAGAGUUUGAAACACGGAGGGCAGUCUUCCACAAUGACAGAAGAAAUGGAGUCUGAUGGAAGGAAUCCCCUCAAUGACUGCGCUAAGGGAGCAGCUAAGCCUUCCGGAUAAUUCCAGAAAGAAACCAAGAAGGAGACAGGUUCAGAACUGCCUCUGGAUGCUUCCCCCAAAAAAGAUGCCAAAGACUCAAGGUAUUGCAUGAAAAAUUCCUCGGGGGAGAGCGGCGAUCUAG